GUUGUAAUUUACAAUCUGUCAGUGAGUUAGAAAUUUACAAAAUGUCCCAGGAAACAUCAAUCGACCCAAAUUCGCACUGGGAAAAAAUUGUUUAUGACGAUAGAUCGCACCACUUGGAGCUGAUAGACAAGCGGUUGAAGGACCUCCACCAUACGGAUGUGCAAAUCCGUAUUGGAGAGCGGACCUUCGCCUGUCACAUGCUGCUGUUGCGAUGUUUCUCCGAAGUUUUCGAAGAAAUGGACAAAGUUCCGGCUGUAACAUUGCCGACAGAGAAAGUAACACCGGAGGCUUUCGAGCUCAUAUAUCAGUGGUUGCUGUCGGCCAGUCCACGCCUCCAGAGGAAAUAUUUUGUUGCGGUGUUUGUGGCGGCGGAGUUCCUUCGCAUUCCGGAACUAACGAACCAAUGCUGGGCUUGCGUUGAUGACGCUUUUGCUCUGAUUGAAGACAGGGCUUUUGAACUGUACCUCGAAGCAACAGCUUUCCAGCACACUAUUCUGCAGAAUAUUAUGUUGAAAAGAAUUAGUAAAUAUUUUCUUCCGCUGGUAGCUUCCGGAGACCUACAGCAACUCCCGUUCGAAGAUGUCAUCACCUUGCUGAGCUCCAACAACAUUGGAGUUUUUUCAGAAGCAGACGUCCUCCAUUCUGCUUGUCUGUGGUUACUCGAAGACUGGGAUUGCCGAGGUGAUCACGUUGGUGAAUUAAUGAGUUUGGUUCGUUUUCCGCUGAUGAGUUCACCUCUGCUGUCCUGUUUGAUCAGCUGCGAUGAAGACGAACGAAUUCAUUGCAUCCUGCAGCAUGACACUACAAAGAAACUUGCCAUUCAGGCACUAACGGACUUAUGCAGAACAUCAUCUGAACUUGGGACCGGGAUUACUAGCAGAAGCGUUCAUAAAGUGGUUAGCGCCACUAACCGCAACUGGUUGCUCGAACCGAAUGAAAUUUCUGGUUGCUCACCACAUCGACAGGAACGAAGCUUCAGUGAGUUUCUGAAGCUGCUGGAACGUUUGACCGAGAACCCUAACAGCUGGAUGGAAUGGCGAAGCUCCUAAAUUUAUUAUAAGAGCGUUUUUGAUAAUUUUUUCACAAAUAAUAA